AUGCCACGAAGAAAAGCUGCUGAUCGCACGGGCCCGGUCAAGACCCGCUCUCGCGAUGGCUGCAAAGAAUGUCGAGCGAGUCGGGUCCGCUGCGACACCAAAAAGCCUCGCUGCACACGCUGCUGGGAGAAAGGGUUACCAUGCACCAAGAACUUGGUUCUAAAAUGGGAAUCGGAAUUUGCUAGUCGUGGUAUGGCCUUUGGCCGUGCCGGCGUAUGGAGCAAAUCUCAAUCUGCGAGCCCAUCCACUCCUAGCUCUAUUUCUUCCAUACAGGAGUGGUGCCCCGUCCCGACUAUCCGCUCCUGGGGCUUUAUCAACAGUAGUUUUUCCACAUUUGAACGCCCGGAUGAAGUCAAUGUGGAUUUUAACGAGCUAAAUGCAAUCAUCACCGUUGCCCAGAGCUCUCAUUCGCUAUUUCCCAGAACUGCGACGGCCGAUCAACUAUGGUCAUGGCUACAGCAUCUCCCGUACAUGGAUGGACUGGCCAAUUGCUUCAAUCUCAGUCUUCCCCCAUCUCUCGCGCUUUUCCCAGAACUCUCUAAAUCAGGACAUGGAGAGCUAUUUGAUUACUAUCUGCAACAAGUAUGUCCACGCACGACAGCUAGCUCUGCUUUUUCGUCGCCGUUUGCUUCUGUGAUACUGCCGUUCUGUCUCUCUGCAUCUCCCACUCUUCUCAAGGCAAUUCAAGCCUUGGGAGCAUGCCACUGGUCAAGGCUCAACCCGAGUUACAGUGCUACUGGACUGCGAUUCAAAUCUGAGGCUCUAAGAGAACUUCGUCAACGUCUCUCCUCCGAGGGAACUUUGACGUGCUCCAUGGAUCCCGAAGUUUUGGUGAUCAUGAUCAUGCUAUGUCUAUAUGAGAUAGUAGACAAGUGCGACCAGCAAUGGACAAUCCAUCUCAAAGGUGCCAACGAUCUGAUUCGGCUUCGACGGAAGCAACAAAAUGCACUGUCGCAUUCAGCAGCAGCAGCAGCAUCACCGGACCCUGUGACGAGUUUUGCAGAGCAGUUCUUCGCUUUCCAAGAUGUGAUGGGUCGAACAGCCUGUGCUAAAGAGGUUCUAUUUGGCACAGACUAUUGGAAGCCUGACGAGCGAAACAUCGAUCUUUGGAUGGGCUGCAGUCCUGAAUUGGUCUCCGUUUUGGCAAAUAUCACUGAUAUGAGCCGAACAAGGAGGCAAAAUACGUCCGAUACAGACAAGGCAUCUUAUGCCUUGCGUGCUGCUUCCCUCGAACGACAACUGGAGCGCUUAGUCCAGGAAGUCGGAGAAGGAGAUGAUGAAAUCCUGGCACUUGUUGCAGAUGCCAAGAGACUAGCCGCAGUACUAUACCUCCACUGUGCACUGUACGGGGCCUCCCCGACUACCCCUUUGGUGAAAAGCUAUGUCCGCCAGAUCCUGCGGCUCAUUUCGAAUCUUCUUAACCGCAAUCUACUGGCGAAUGUGACGUGGCCAGUCUUUGUGGCGGCUGUGGAGCUUGAUCCAUCAGAUGAUGAGGUGUUUCCUGACUCUGAAACCGAGUCAGGGUCUGGACGGGCAAUUGUGCUACGCGCCCUUGCCACAAUGGCUGAUUCGACUAUCUCAAAUAUUGCAAGAACCCGAGCAGUGAUCACCAAAUUAUGGCAGACGCGAGAUCUUGAUAUGCUCAAAGGAGCCGCUCUUCAUAAUGAAUGCAAUGAUUGGGAGUGGUAUGUAGUUCCAAUAAGCAAUGCCAUGAGUCUGGCUUGA